AUGUCUAUCACAGUUGCAAAUUGGUUCGAUGAUUGGGAUACUAAACUUUUGUACCAAGCUUUAGUCUUGGACAGUACUACUGCCCCGGCAGUACCACCUAUCCCUCCUGUAGGGUUAGUUGUAGGUCCCGUACUAAGAUUGAAAGAUAUCAACUAUAACACAAUGUUAUAUCGUGUCUCGAUAUUACUUUGUGUUAAAAAUCAAGUCAUUUUACCUGCUCCAGUUUUUGAAUGGUUCUCUGGACCAGCGGAAUUCACUAGUUUGCCUUUCCUCUUAACCACCGGAUUCUUACCUGCAACUUUAAUAUUUACUGGCAAUAUUGGUGCUGAUGUUUACCAAUUCUAUCGUUAUGAUUUGGAUUACCCAUUACCUAACGACGAUGUAAUGAUCAGAUACACUUUAGAUACCUUAACUCAACCAAAUUGGAGAUUCUUUGUACCUUCAAAGACUACAAAUUCAAAUACUGCCAUUUUUUCUUGUAAUGGUUAUUCUCCAAAUGUUAACACACAAAAGUUUCAUGGUUCUUUAUGGUUUGAUAUGUUAAACAAACAUAGUAAAAUCCAUUAUAAUCAGAUGUUAGGUUUAGGUGAUCAAAUUUAUUCAGAUAUGGUGAGGUAUAAUUGUCCACCUGUGCAGCAAUGGUGGGCAAUGGAUCCAAUACAAAAGAGAAAUAAAAUUCUAACAGCCGCCGAAUUACAACAAAUUGAUGAAUUCUUUCUAUUAAAUUAUAUAGAAUGGUUCGGCUACGGUUACUGGAUAGGGAAUACCCCAAAUUCACAAACUACUCAAGGUUGUUUCCCAAUCACUCUAGCUACAAUCCCUUCGGUGAACAUGUGGGACGAUCAUGAUACCAUUGACGGUUUUGGUUCUUAUCCAAAUUGGUUCCAAAAGACCAACGUCUUUUCAAAUUUAGGUCAAAUUUCUUUCAAAUAUUAUAUGUUAUUUCAACAUCAUGUUAAUAUCACUAAUCCAGUAGAUUUCUUAUCAGAUGAACAAUGGGUAUUAGGGGUAACUCCUGGUCCUUAUGUUCAACAGUUAUCUCAUUCUAUAUUUACAAGAUUAGGUCCUGAUAUCGCUUUAUUAAGUGCCGAUUGUCGUACAGAAAGAACGAUUGGACACGUUCUUCAUGAAAGCACUUAUGACGUCUUCUUCAAUAGAUUAACCACUGAAUUUCAAUCAAUGCCAUUUACUCAUUUAUACGUCGUUCUUGGUGUACCGGUGGCAUACCCAAGAUUAAUUUGGUUGCUAUGGAUUUUUGGCGCUCCAUUGGCAUCAACUCUAAAAUGGUUUAGUAAAAGAGGUUUAUACGGCAAAGAUUUAACUAAUAAAGCAAGUGGUGAGUUGGAAAUUUUAUCAAAUAUUAAAGAUCAAUGGGUGGCAUUUAAUCAUUGGAAAGAAAGAAAUAGAUUUUUAAGACGUUUACAACAUUUUGCAAAAAGAAAUUCCGUUAGAGUAAGUUUAGUGAGUGGUGAUGCUCAUUUAGGUUUCGUUGGUAGAUUAUACGGUACUGAAUUCAGUGUUAAAAAUGAUGCUGUUCAUGACUGGAGAUUAAUGUUUAACGUUGUAAGUAGUGCCAUAGUUAAUGCACCAGUAUCGAAUGGUUCUGCUAUUGCUUUACAAAAGAAAGCAAAUAAACCUUUGAAAUUUGAUGGCGAUACCGCUCAAGAUGUCGUCCCACUCUUUGAUGUUGACGCUUUGGAUAAUGGAGUUAAAAGAACUAACACAGGGUUCUAUAACAAGAGAAAUUGGGGUGAUUUAAUACCUGCAGAAAAUGUUAUUGCAACUGAAUACAUCCAAAAUAUCUUAAAGAUUGAACCUGGUAAGUUUGUCUUACCCAGAAAAAUUUCGGAAGAUGAUCCAAAGGGAUGGAAUUGUGAAGAUGAAAUCGCUCAAGUUAAAAAUAAUAUUCCUUAUGAAAUUACUGAUAAUUGUAUCAUUGCAACAUUGCAUGUAGAAAAGGAUACUUAUAAUAUCAAUAGUGAAACAUCAUUUUUCUCAACUCCAAUUCCCGAAUUAGCUAGAUACUUUUCAUUGUAG